CUUUUAUCUCUCUCACCGACCUCCCUAUAAAUAGGGUUGGACGCUCCUUCGAAAGCCCUAGAAGUCCCAGGCAGUAAGUCGAUCCGAGACAAAUUCCACAGACAGAGAGAGAGAGAGAGGCGGUGGAAAAGAAUAAAAAGAUCUAAAGAUGCCGGACUACGAAGGAAUUUACGAAGUCAACGGAGAGGAUGUCGACAACUAUGGCUCCUCGCCUCAGCCUAGAGGUAGUAGCCAUGGCGGCGGUGACGAUUACAGCGAUUCCAAGUCUCAGCAUGGUUCCCGUGACUAUGAAAGAGAGUCUUCGAGAAGUAGGGAAAAGGAUAGAGAGAGAGGGCGCGAUAAGGAAAGAGACCGAGAUAGGGACAAGGACAGGGAGCGUGAAAGGGACAGGGAUAAAUAUAGGGAAAGGGAUCGAGACAAAGAUCGUGAUCAUCACCACAGAGACCGUCACAGGGAUCGAAGUGAGAGAAGGGAAAGGGGCAGAGAUAGAGACGAUGAUGAUUAUCACAGGAGUCGACGAGACUAUGACAGGGGGAGAGAUUAUGACGGGGACAGUAAGGACAGGCAUAGACAUAGGUCUGGGUCUCGCUCAAUGGGUAGAUCUGAUCAUAAAUCAAGGUCACGGUCUCGUUCACGCUCAAAAAGUAAAAGAAUCAGUGGUUUUGACAUGGCUCCUCCUGCUUCUGCAAUGUUAGCUGCUGGUGCUGUUGCUGCCGCUGCAGGUCAGAUUCCAGGGACCACCCCAACCGUUCCAGGAAUAUUUCCAAACAUGUUCCCUCUGGCAUCUGGGCAGUUGGCGCUUCCUCUUUUGCCUGUUCAGGCAAUGACUCAGCAGGCUACUAGACAUGCUCGGCGGGUGUAUGUUGGUGGGCUUGCUCCCUCUGCAAAUGAACAGUCUGUGGCAACCUUCUUCAGUCAUGUUAUGUCUGCAAUUGGGGGAAACACUGCUGGUCCAGGGGAUGCUGUUGUCAAUGUUUACAUAAACCAUGAGAAGAAGUUUGCCUUUGUGGAGAUGAGAUCUGUUGAGGAGGCCAGUAAUGCCAUGGCCUUAGAUGGAAUUAUUUUUGAGGGAGCGCCAGUUAAGGUCAGAAGACCUAGUGAUUACAACCCAUCACUGGCUGCUACUCUUGGCCCAAGCCAACCUAAUCCCAACCUGAACCUUGCAGCUGUUGGUUUGACACCGGGUUCUGCUGGUGGGCUCGAGGGCCCUGACCGUAUCUUUGUGGGUGGGCUGCCCUAUUAUUUCACAGAGGCACAGAUCAGGGAGCUGCUGGAGUCUUUUGGGCCCCUUCGGGGUUUUGAUCUUGUGAAAGAUAGAGAAACCGGAAACUCAAAAGGCUAUGCAUUCUGUGUCUAUCAGGAUCUUUCGGUCACAGAUAUUGCAUGUGCAGCUCUUAAUGGUAUAAAGAUGGGAGAUAAAACUCUUACUGUUAGGCGUGCUAACCAGGGUACAACACAACCUAAACCAGAGCAAGAGAGUAUAUUAUUGCAUGCACAGCAACAAAUUGCCAUGCAGAGACUUAUGUUACAACCUGGUGCACUGGCUACAAAGGUUAUAUGCUUAACUCAUGUGGUUACUGCGGAUGAGCUCAAGGAUGACGAGGACUACGAAGAUAUAUUGGAAGAUAUGAGAACAGAAUGCGGGAAAUUUGGUACUUUAGUGAAUGUGGUUAUUCCACGUCCAAAUCCAAAUGGGGAACAUGUUCCUGGACUUGGAAAGGUGUUCUUGGAGUAUGCAGAUGUUGAGAGUGCAACUAAAGCUCGAACUGGCCUAAAUGGUAGAAAAUUUGGUGGGAAUCCGGUUGUGGCUGUGUUCUAUCCAGAAAACAAGUUCUCUGAGGGAGAUUAUGAUGGCUAGUUGUUGUCUGCUCUUCGUGAUGUCUUAUUAGGAUCUCUCUGAUAAAAAGAUGAUUUAUGAGUUGAUGUUCUAAACUAUACAGCUUGCAUUUUUUGCUUUACUGCCCUCUUUCUAAUUUUUGGUGCAGAAAUGACGGUGGGAGUAAAACUGACUAAUUACGGUAUUGUCCAAACCUUUUUGGAGAGAUACCUUCAUAGUAUGUAUUUUUCCAAUUGUACUUGGCCCACAUUCCUGCAUACAAAUGGUUCUGUUUCCAAGUGUCUUAUUUUUCCUCAAGUAAACCCAACUCUGCACCCAAAAAAUGGUUCUUUUUUCAUUUCUUGCAUCAUCACAUCUCUCUCUCUCUCUCUCUCUCUCUC